AUGACAUCUGAUUGGCUCCAGGGGCUCGGCCAUUGGACGGUUGCGGCUCUUGGCGGGGGUGGGGGCGCACGGUCCGCAUCUACCUAUGAGAGCACAGUUUCACCGUUGCCCAGCUGGAUCGGGCGCUCCGAGGCGAGCACACGUGCUCUUAUAGGAAUCUACUAUCUUGACACUAAGCAAAUGGUGGCCAAAAAGAAGAUUAGGAAGUACAGAGUAGCUGAGUCUAAGUUCGGUUGGUUCCAAAGUCUUUGCCAGGCCAAGAAAGCCAAUCUCAUGGCUGUGCAACAGCACGAUUGA